AUGGUGCGAUCCACAACAACAGGCAAUGAGAGUUACAUCCCAAGCCACAACACUGCCAAAGUAAUAAACAGGUAAGAUACCUACUACUUAUUCUCAAGUUUUUUUUAUUUCUGACUGUCACAGCUGUUUACACAUCAGUGAAUGUCAUCAAAUCAAAUCUAAUCAAAUUUUAUUGGUCACAUGCGCCGAAUACAACAGGUGCAGACAUUACAGUGAAAUGCUUACUUACAGCCCUUAACCAACAGUGCAUUUAUUUUUAACAAAAAAAAAGUAAAAAUAAAACAACAACAAAAAAAGUGUUGAGAAAAAAAGAGCAGAAGUAAAAUAAAGUAACAGUAGGGAGGCUAUAUAUACAGGGGGGUACCGUUGCAGAGUCAAUGUGCGGGGGCACCGGCUAGUUGAGGUAGUUGAGGUCAUAUGUACAUGUGGGUAGAGUUAAAGUGACUAUGCAUAAAUAAUUAACAGAGUAGCAGCAGCGUAAAAAGGAUGGGGUGGGGGGGCAGUGCAAAUAGUCCGGGUAGCCAUGAUUAGCUGUUCAGGAGUCUUAUGGCUUGGGGGUAGAAGCUGUUGAGAAGUCUUUUGGACCUAGACUUGGCACUCCGGUACCGCUUGCCGUGCGGUAGCAGAGAGAACAGUCUAUGACUAGGGUGGCUGGAGUCUUUGACAAUUUUGAGGGCCUUCCUCUGACACCGCCAUUAGAGAGUGGGUAUUAGAAUGCAUCAAUUUGAAAGAGAAAUAGAUGUUCUCUCGUUCUGAAUGACAUCAUCAAUGUCCUAAUUAUGUCACUCCUCCCCCAGUGGGGGAUGAUGGCACCUGUAGUUCCAGUGGAGUUUCCUAGUAGGGCGGAGAGGAGUGAAAAAUAUAAUGACCUAUGUUCUUUUUCUUCUGAUAGUGAAUAUUUUAUCUUUCUCCUCCCUCUUUAAUCAGUUGGCAGUAUAAUGGCAUCAGCAGGUUAAAGGCAGAGGAGCUGCUGCUGCUACCACACAAUUACACAGGGGCUUUCCUGAUCCGACAGAGUCAGACAAACACAGGUUAGUCCAUGUUCAUGGCUUAGGGCUCAUUUCAUUAAAUUAAUUUUAGUGAAUGUUAUGUCAAGUUUUUUUUUUUGGUUAGCUAUAAGCACAACAACUAGCCUAGGACUUGUACACUGUUUCAUUGUUGUAGCGUGACAAGAGUCUUGUGUUAUUUUUGAUCACAGACACCUUCUCGCUCUCGGUCCUUGGGAGGACGGACUCCUCGUACAUGGGCACAGUGAAACACUACCGCAUCCGUCGCCUCCAAAACGGCUGGUUCUACAUCUCCCCCAGCCUCACCUUCUACUCUCUGGGCCAAUUGGUGGAACACUACUCUGGUGGGUACAAGCCCAUCGACAGGCUCAAAUGCAUUAUUAUUAUUAUAGCACAGUUCUUACUCUGGUAUGCAAAGAGGGUGGACUGUAUGGUACUGUAAUAAGUUGUUUGGAUAGAGAAUGUUCUAAACAUUUGGAAACAUGUCUAUCCACAGAGUCAGCAGAUGGGUUGUGCUGUUUACUGAGGGAGCCUUGCGUCAUCCAAGGCUCAAACAAUACUAAUAUGACCAGACCCUAUCCCAAAGCUAUCAGGAGGCCCACCCUCAACUGGAAGGACGUAGACAGGUGGGGCACAUUCCUAAAUUCUCCAUCUACCAUACUUUGUGUCCCAAGUGAUCUACACACUAUUUAUGUUACUGUUACAAUUAAUUGCAUUGUAAUUCACAUUGUAAGAUGAUGCAUAUGCUGGUGGUAGUUAUAUCACAUUCUUUGUGCCUGCCUCUGUCUUUCCAGCUCAAUGAUCUUCAGUAAUGCCAGAGUGGAUUCACAGGACUCUCUGGUGAGCAAGGGGCUGAGGGAGGCCAUGAGCUCAUACCACUACAUGACAGAGGCCAGCUGCCAGGACUGUGGCAAACACUGGGAUACCUGUUGAGAGGGAAGACU